CAUCUCUCUCUCUCUCUAUAUAUAUAUACAUAUAUUUAUUUAUAUAUAUAUUAGUUGACUUAGCUCUCUCUAAUUCCUAUUAAUCCUUCAUCUCUUCUCUACAGACAGAAAGAAUAUGAGUAAUUUGGGCAUGAUGGAGGCCAGACUGCCUCCUGGCUUCCGAUUUCAUCCGAGGGAUGAUGAGCUUGUUUGUGACUACCUCGUCCCCGCCGAUGGCACGUGCGAGUUUCCGAUGAUGGUCGACGUGGACCUCAACAAGUGUGAGCCAUGGGAUCUCCCCGAUAUUGCAUGUAUAGGAGGUAAAGAAUGGUACUUCUUCAACCUCAGGGAUCGAAAGUACGCGACUGGCCAACGAACAAAUAGGGCGACGUUGUCAGGGUACUGGAAAGCUACGGGUAAAGAUCGAAAUAUAGUUCGAAAGGGAACGCUGGUCGGGAUGAGGAAAACCCUAGUCUUUUACCAAGGUAGAGCUCCGAAGGGGAAGAAGACAGAUUGGGUCAUGCAUGAAUUUCGCUCAGAAAGUAACGGUGAGCCCCCACCAAGAUACUCUAGCAAGGAGGAUUGGGUCCUAUGCAGAGUGUUCUACAAGAGCAGAGCAGUACUAGGAGUGACUCCAUCCAGGCCACCAACAUGCACACAAACCUCUCACGUGGAAGACACGUGCUCCUCCUCUCUCCCUUCGCUCACUGAAUCCUUCAUCCCCUUCAACCAAGCUUUCACCCCAAAUCCAACCACAAACAUACAAACCAACAACAGCCUAAGCACUUCAUUUCAGCAAGUGCCCUGCUUCUCCAGUUACCCUCAAGUUAUAACUACAACCAAACCUCAAAAAUACACCGAGGACUUAGGCUCUUCUUGCUUUAAUCAACUACUAUCAAUGCCUUCAUGUGAUAAAGAGGUGUUGAAAUGUGUUAUUGAUCAUUUCAGUAAGUUUGAAGGAGACCAUCAUGAAGAUAAGAAUAUGACAAGCUCAGAGAGCUACUUGACUGAAAGUGCUCUGUCUUCUUCAAUGUGGUAUCCUUUUCAGAGUUAGAUCCUUUGAGCUAGUUUAGUUCUUGUAUGUACGCGCACGCGUAUGUGUGUGCGCGUAUAGGUAUAUAUAUACAUAUUACGUAAGUGUGAUGAUAAAUGGUUUUUGUGAGAGUGGAGUCAUGGAGUAGGAAAGAAUAGGAAGAAAAAUUGAAGAAAAGAAAGGAUUCUCCAUAUUGUGUUGUAAUGUAUUUGGAUUGUUAUUUAAGGAUUGCAAGCAAUAUAUAAACGCCGUUUCAUAGUCCUUGAAAA